AUGCCUGCCGAACGACGCACCUUCACUGCGACCCGCCCGGUCAAGACUGAACGCACCCACGAAGAGAACCAAGAGCGCGUCCGCAGCUUGGAGGCUCGCAUUGAGUCUGCGCGCAGGGCUUCUGAGAUUCACAAGAAGCGCACUGGCCGUGCUCUCCGUGUUACAGAGCAAGAUGUCAUUAACGAAGAGAUGUAUGAGGAAGAGGAUGAUGAUUUGCCCACGCAGUACCAGCGUCUGAACGCACACCUGCACACCACCUCGGUCAUGUUUAACAAGAAACUCCAUGACUACAUUGCGACCCAGCAUGGCGUCAGGAACAUGUUCAUGUCGCAGUACCAGAACCCGUCUUUCCAGCAGUACGGUGGAGCGAACAAUUGGCUGAACCCGUCCAUGAUGCCGCCUCAGCAGUUCAACCCGGCUUCUCCUCAGCAGGGUGUCACUCAGCAGGCUCAGCCUGUCAACAACUCUACUGCUACCCAGCAAGGCUUCCGACAGUCUCCGUACCAGAUCCCGCAGCGUGUCAACACGCAUGGGCGUGCUCUGUCAAUUCAGCUGCCCCAGUCAGCCAAGGCUUCGGACCCUUCCACGCAGUCGGCCCCAGGUGGUAUCACCACCCCUCAGGACUCUUUCAGGAGGAUGUCGCUACCUCCGCAUGGUCUCGAGCAGCAGGCCGCGUCGGCUGAUGGGCAGUCACGUCCUGCGCUCUCGCGCGGCACUACUGCUCAGUCUCCUCACGGUUCUGUUUCUCCUCAGACGGCUUCUCCGCGCACUGCUUCCGGUCAGGUGACACCUCAGUUGCACCAAGACACCGAUACCCCUGCAUCUUAUCCUUUCAACAUGGCUGGCUAUCCGUUUAGUUCGCAGGUUUUGAGCGCGAACCCUCUUGCGCUGUCGAUGCCUCCUGAGUCGCAGCAGUUCAUUGGGUCGGCGCUCGAUCCCAACGAUCCUCGCACCGCGCUUUUCAUGGCUGGCAGCGACAACCUUCCCCAGUACGCUCCCACUUACACUUAUAAUCCGAACUUUUCGGGCAAGUUAGGCAGGACCACCCUCGACGACACUUUGGCGCCUGGUGCUGGCAUCAAGACUGAGAAUGUCGACGCGCCAUCGUCCACCAUUCCGUCCGAAGGUUUCUUCAACACGGAGUCCCUUUUUACACCUGGCAACGAGCAGUACAAUGCUUUCUUCGACUUCCAGGGUUCAGACUUUGCUCACACGGGCGAUGAGCAGGGUGAUAACUUCGUCAACUGGGAUUAAGUUCUUCAGUUCUUCAGUUCUCUUUUGAUCUGUUAUUGUAUCUUUCAUCAUGUUCUGGUUUCCUUAUAUAUCUGCCCUGUCCAACGUGCUUCAUGUACCCAAGUCUGAGUGGCUUCACACGAGCUUUAGCUACCUUGAUUUUGGGCGCACAUGGUGGUGCACCUUGGAUCGGCGUUUCGUCACGACAUCAUGACUGGGCGCGUAUGGCGGUAUUGUUUGGCGGUACUGUCUGGCGUUCAAUGAAAAUUUGGAUGCCACGCGUACGCGGAUACACACUUGUAUCGCUCACAAUGGCGCUUUGGGUCGCCUCAAUGGCGACAUCUCCACUCCCGGCACUGAGCUGGAAGUUAGCUAUAUAAUCGAUAAUUGUAGCGGCCACCUUGGUGGACUUCCUGCUCUCA